UUGGAGAACCUAUUGUGACAUAACCUCAACUAAUCAGCUGCGCACAAGAAAAAAAAACAGAAAUUAAAAAUAAAUCGCGUUUUUCUGAUGAUUUUGCGGAGUUUAUUGCUUAAUUUAGCGUGAAUUGAAAGGUGGAAUGAAUAUUUUUGAAUUAUUAAGAAGUUUAUUUGCAAGAAUGCUGCAAAUUCUGCUGAAUAAGAAAGAAAUCACAAAUGCCCUCAGUGUGUACGUGAAAUGCAACACAGGAAGCACACUUUCCCUGCAGCUGGAUCCCAGUUGGGACAUUAAGAAUGUGAAGGAGAUUAUUGCCCCUCAAUUGGGCUUUUCCUCUGCUGACGAAGUGAAGAUUAUCUUUGCUGGGAAGGAGCUGGGCGACGCAAUCACCUUGAACGAAUGUGAUUUGGGUCAGAGGACAAUUCUUCAUGCCGUCAAGACACGCAGGCAGCCGCUGAAACGGCCUGAAAGUACUCCCCUGACUGAGGAGGAUGGGGAAUCUGAGGAGGCCUAUCGUCCUCUGUCGGAGUCGUUGCUUGAAGGGGAGACGGAGGUGCAGGAUACUCCGGAAGAUGGUGAACCACGUAAGGCACCACAGAAAGCCCAAUUCUUUGUGUACUGUUCCCAAUGCUCAAAGUUGUGCACCGGGAAGCUUCGUGUUCGCUGUGCCACAUGCCGUGGAGGUGCCUUCACUGUACACCGUGACCCGGAAUGCUGGGACGAUGUACUGCGACCCCACAAAGUCCGUGGGCACUGUGAAUCCCAGGCAAUUCCCUGUGUAGCAUCCGUGGCUGAGGGAGACCCGCCUUUUGCGGAAUUCUACUUUAGAUGCGCUGAGCAUCCUGCUCAAGGAGAGGAUGACUACGCUGUGGCCCUUAAUCUUGUUAAAGUCAAUUCACGCGAAGUUCCGUGCUUAGCGUGCACGGAAACUUCCUCCCCUGUGCUUGUUUUUCCCUGUGAAGCUGGACACGUAGCAUGCCUCGAUUGCUUCCGAGACUUUUGUCAAUCCCGCCUGGGUGAGAGGCAAUUUAUCUCAACAGAGCACCUGGGUUACACGCUGUCGUGUCCCGUGGGCUGUGCUGAGUCCUUCAUCGAAGAAUCCCAUCACUUCCGUUUGCUACCUAAACCCCUGUAUGAGCGCUAUCAGCGCUUCGCAACGGAGGAAUUUGUUCUGCAACAGGGUGGUGUACUCUGUCCACAGCCUGGCUGUGGGAUGGGGCUCCUCGUGGAGGAGGAUUGUCGACGUGUGCAAUGCCAAAAUGGCUGUGGCUACGUCUUCUGCCGACAAUGCCUUCAGGGCUAUCAUUUGGGUGAAUGUAUUGCCGAUUCUGCAGCCAGACUCUCAGAAGUUCAGCAAUUCUCCGUGGAUCCCAAUAGAGCCGCUGAGGCGAAAUGGGAUGAAGCAACGAGGACCACAAUAAAAAUCUCUACAAAACCAUGCCCAAAGUGCCGAACAGCUACAGAACGAGAUGGUGGCUGCAUGCAUAUGGUCUGCACGAGGGCUGGAUGUGGAUUUGAGUGGUGCUGGGUGUGUCAAGUCGCAUGGAGUACUGAAUGCAUGGGGGCUCACUGGUUUGGCUGAGCAGCAAUCCGUGCAAUGAAACUUUUGAUGACUUAUUGUGUGAUAAAGAUUUUGUUAAUAAGUUUAGCAAUUCACUUUUAACCAAAUAUAGACUAGUUGAAAUUCAA